AUGACCUUAAUUUCAACAUUAUCAAAUGCGGCUCUCCUACGGACUGCUAUCAAACCACAGAUACAUCUUCUGGCCAGAGCAUCUACAAGUAUCACCAUUUCCACAUUCUGUUCAUACCCUGCCAAUACACGCUCCUCGCGCCUUUCACAGACGCGCCCGAUAUCUUCAUCGAACCCGCAUAAUAAGACCCAAGAAUUCUUCCCACCUCCACAAGCCGCGAGUGUGAAGGAGGUAGAAACAGCAUGGGCGCACCCAAUAUACACGGAAGAUCAAAUGCGAGCUGUGCAGAUCGCACAUCGAAACGCAACAGAGUGGUCCGAUAAGGUUGCUCUGAACGCGGUUCGAUUCUUCCGGUUGGGAAUGGAUCUUAUAACGGGGUACAAGCAUGUAGAGCCAGGCCAGAAACUGGCCCCACGGUUCAUAAUGACGGAGAGGAAAUGGCUGAAUCGCAUAAUAUUCCUAGAGAGUGUCGCAGGCGUACCCGGUAUGGUGGGUGGGAUGCUGCGGCAUCUCCACAGUCUUCGACGAAUGAAGAGAGACAAUGGAUGGAUCGAAACACUUCUUGAAGAGGCAUUCAACGAGCGCAUGCAUCUAUUAACUUUUCUCAAAGUGGCUGAACCGGGCUGGUUCAUGCGGCUUAUGGUUCUGGGCGCUCAAGGAGUCUUCUUCAACGGCUUCUUCAUUUCAUAUCUAAUUUCUCCCCGGAUCUGCCAUAGAUUCGUGGGUUAUUUGGAAGAAGAGGCCGUUAUCACCUACACCAGAGUCAUUCAAGAUCUUGAAUCUGGAAAGCUUCCUGAGUGGGAGAAUUAUGACGCGCCGGAUAUUGCCGUUACUUAUUGGGAAAUGCCAGAGGGAAGGCGCAAGAUGUCGGACUUGCUGAUGUAUGUCCGGGCUGACGAAGCUAAACAUCGCGAGGUCAACCACACUCUCGGUAACCUCCACCAGGCUACUGAUCCGAACCCGUAUCAGACUCAAUACCAGGAUCCUACGAAGGAUCACCCCACAAAGGGUAUUGAUACUCUGAGGGGGACUGGUUGGGAGCGAAGUGAUGUUUUCUGA